AUGAAUAGCGAUGACGAAUGCCCGGAGCUGAUCUCGGCCCGCGUGCCGGUGACCGUCCUCACAGGGUUUCUCGGCAGCGGCAAGACGACGCUGUUGCACUACAUCCUGUCGGCGGAUCAUAAAAUGCGUAUCGCCGUGAUUGUGAACGAGUUUGAGUUCGGAAAGACCAUCGAGAAGGGUCUGACGCUGAAGAGCUCCGAGAAGCCGGACGAUGAGUGGCUGGAGUUGAACAAUGGGUGCAUGUGUUGCACCGCCCAGACGCAGACGGUCAAGGCCCUCGAGUCGCUAAUGGAGCGCAGAGGCACGUUCGAUUUAAUUCUUGUGGAGACCUCCGGGCUUGCGGACCCUGGGCCGAUCGCGGCGAUGUUCUGGCAGGAUCUGCCGCUCUGCGGCCACCUUUACCUGUCUGGCAUCGUGACCCUGGUCGACGCGGUAAACAUUUGCAAGUACCUGCACGACGAAGACGUGAUGCAGGAGGCGGAGCGGCAGAUUCUGAUGGCGGACAAGGUGGUGCUCAACAAAUGCGACAUUGCCACUGAAGCCCAGCAAAAAGAGGCUCUCGCAGCGGUGCGGGAGAUCAACCCUGUGGCCACCGUCAUCCCGAGCGAUCACUCGCGCGUGCCCAACCUGCGGGACAUUCUGUUUAUUGACACCACCCGCGCGGCAACCGAGCUGGUGCAUCUUCACGAACACCAUCACUCCUCCAUCACUGCGGUGUCACUGGAGUUCUUUGAAGAAGAGCGCGCCCUCGCCGUCAGCUCGUACCGCGACGUGCACGCCAUCGGCACUGACCUCCUCUACCGUUGCGGGGAGUACAACUUUGAGGUGGUGCGCUGCAAGGCCGCGAUAUGGUGCUGCGAGGAUGGACAAUACAGUCUCCUGCAACUCCAGAGCAUUGGUGACCUCUUUGACGUGACACCAAUGGUGGGGCAGAGUGUGCCAUUCGGCUGCACACGCGCGUUGGUGCUCGGCAAGAAACUAGACGAGGAGAAGCUGCGGGACAUCUUUGCCAAGUAUCUGAAGGCGACCAAGUAG